GUACACCUGUAAGCUCUAUUCAUGCAUUCAUUCAUUGAGGGACGCAGCACUCACAUGUGGGUGGCAGACACACCAUUGAGACGUUGACGGCAGCAGAGAGCAUUUUACGUGUGUGAUGAGAUCAGACUGAGCUCGGAGGCAGAGGCAGCAGAGGAAGAGGAGGAGGAGGAGGAGGAGGAGGCGACGUGCACAGUCUACAUCACAAUUAAGGGGCUGGCACUGAGGACACAACCCGACCCAAGGAUUGGAUAGCACCCACCGGAUGCAGUGAACAAAAUCCGGUCGUCAUCCCAACUCCGCAGCGCGUACGUUCACCAACCGAGUUCUCCUUCACUAGGAGGACUUGAUGGAUGCCUGUGUUCAUCCCAACUGACACACUGAGGCUCAGCAACAUUAUCAGCACCAACAUCAUUAACACAGCACAACAGCAUCAGACUGACGGGGGAAGUGGAUCAACGUUGAUUUAUGGAGAAUCGAAGGGAAGGUGUCUUCAACAAAGUAUCUUACCCUGGAAGAACCAUGUCUGCUGGGUAUAAAUUUAGGUCCUGACAUGACUCAGGUCUGACCCUGGAGAUGCCGAAGAGACGAGACAUUGUCGCCAUUGUGUUGAUUGUGUUGCCUUGGACUCUGCUCAUUACUGUUUGGCACCAGAGCAACAUGACUCCUCUGCUCGCCUCCCGAAACGAUGACAGACGAGACGGCCACUCCAACUCUAGGAAUACUUUUGCUGUCAAGGAGUCCUGCUCCCUGCAGAACCGGGACAUCGUGGAGGUGGUGCGCACCGAGUACGUCUACAGUCGUCCUCCACCCUGGUCCGACUUCCUGCCCACGAUCCACGUCAUCACUCCCACUUACAGCCGGCCGGUGCAGAAGGCCGAGCUGACACGCUUAGCCAACACCUUGCUCCACGUGCCCAACCUGCACUGGAUCCUGGUGGAGGACUCUCAGCGGAGGACCCCUCUGGUCAGCAGUCUCCUCGGGGAGACCGGGCUGAACUACACCCACAUCAACGUGGAAACGCCCAGGAACUACAAGGUACGUGGGGACACGAGGGACCCCCGAAUACCACGUGGCACCAUACAGAGGAACCUGGCCCUGCGAUGGCUCCGGGAGACCUUCAGCAGAAAUAACAGCGUGUCUGGGAUCGUCUACUUUGCAGACGAUGACAACACGUACAGUCUGGAGCUGUUUGAUGAGAUGCGUACCACCCGUAAGGUGUCGGUGUGGCCCGUGGCUUUCGUGGGCGGCCUCCGGUACGAGUCCCCUAAAGUGAACUCUUUGGGCAAGGUUUACGGCUGGAAGACUGUUUUCGACCCUCACAGGCCCUUCGCCAUCGACAUGGCCGGGUUUGCGGUGAACCUGCGCCUCAUUCUGUCCAAACCUCAGGCUUAUUUCAAGUUACGCGGGGUGAAGGGAGGAUACCAGGAGAGCAGUUUAUUAAAGGAGCUGGUGACUCUCGGCGACUUGGAGCCUAAAGCAGCCAACUGCACUAAAAUAUUAGUAUGGCACACACGGACAGAGAAGCCUGUGCUGGUAAAUGAGGGCAAGAAAGGAUUUACAGACUCUAACGUGGAGAUAUGACAUACUUCAUCUCACGCAGGGGACUCCACAGAGCUCAGAGGAGCCAGAGUCGAAAAUAUUAUCACAGCACAGUAGCUGUUCUUCAGUGCAGCCUAGAAAUGGAGGAAACACCCAUCCACCCCGGGAGGCAGCACAAAGCCAUGUGCGUGUGCCGACCAGAGCAUCAAAGCACAUCUGCACAAAAACAAGCCUGCCUGUUCUGUGUCUGGAGCACAGGCCGAUGUGAGACCCCGGUUGUACUUGCCAGAAGGAGCCCGGCGAGGUCUGCGAGGACAAAGGAUGUUACGUGAUAUAAACUUCAAGAAGAAGAGGCCAAACAAGCAAUAAAGAGCCCUCUCAGCACAGACAUCACCAGCCAACCCUCCAAUCAGGAUCAAAUAGGACCCUUUUGUUCCGAGGCACGCUGGCUGUCAGGCACAGGGCUGCACGGAGGAAUAAAAGGGUUCCUUGUGAUAAGUGAGACAGACUGCACUGGGGGAUCUGAGCCCUCCCCGUCUGUACUGUACAACACUGAGCUUUUUAGAUAGCACCC